AUGCAUCAGUAUCGUUUGUCCUUCAACUUGAGGGCUGAUGUUAAAUCGAUUGUUGAUUAUAAUCUUUCUUGGAGUGAAUUUGAUUUUGUUGAUUAUGACACCAUUGAGAAAGAAUCAUCUGACUCUCUUUAUUUAGUGGACGUCAUUGGUUUAAUCUCAGGAAUUGGGGGAGUUUGUGAUCGUGUAGUUUCUGGUAGGAAAACGAAAAUGGUUGUGCUAGAGCUUGACAACUUGAGGGAUCACAAGCUGGAAUGCACUUUGUGGGAGCAUUAUGUGGAUGAGGUGCAAUCUUUUUUGGUAAACAGCGACACUCCUCAUAAUGUCUUAAUAGUUCAGCUGGGAAGGAUCAAAUGUUUUACGGGUAAGGUCGGUUUAACCAAUACAAAAUACACAACAAAGAUUGUCAUGGAUUCAAAGGUGCCAGAGAUUGUUGAGUUCAAAAAAUGUCUUUCAACUAAUGGUGUGGAAAGUAGUAUAAGGUUGACUCAGUUGUCUACUCAGUCCUCAUAUUCUUUCGAAAAUGAUUUUCUUAAGGAGACUGAAAAGAAGUCUAUCAGUGAUGUUAAGCUUUGUGGUGAGUUUUUACGUGCGAUGACUGUAUUUAAGGUUACGACAUGCAUCACGUAUGGGACUAUAAAAUCUAUUGAGAGCAAAUACAACUGUUGGUACAAGUCUUGCAACAAAUGUCCAUUUUCUGUUUGUGAGGAUUUUGAAAAGUGGUACUGUAAGAAUUGCCAAAAACAUUGGGAUGAUUAUUAUCCAAGAUUUAGUGUUCAGGUCAGAGUUGUGGAUAACACUAAUUCUGCAUCAUUUCUUCUGUUUGAUCGAUAUUGUGUUACUUUGUUGGGAAUAUCUGCUGGUGAAUUGCGCGAGCGACAUUUUAAGAGGGAGGAAGCGAAUUUCGAUAAUGCUCACGAAAAUGAAAUUGUAUCGUCGGAACACGAAAAGACUGUGGAUGUUGAGAGUCAAACCUGUGAUAGUGCUGACGUUGGUGAUGUUUCUCUGACUGUGUUGACACCGGUGAUUAAUUCUCAUAAUUCCAUUGCUGAGGAUUUUAAUUUUUCAGCUGUUCGAACUGCGAAAAAAAUAAAGCUUGAAAAAGAGUUACGUAUUUUCUGA